AUGAGACCAACAGUUAUAGCAGAAUGUACCCUGAGAGAAUCGGCUGCUAUUAAUCAAAUAUUGGGAAGACGGUGGCAUGCAUUAGACCGGUCAGAACAGUCCAAGUAUUAUGAGAUGGCUAGGAAAGAAAAAGAAUUACACUUACAGUUAUAUCCAGGUUGGAGUGCUCGAGAUAAUUAUGCUAUACAGAGUAAAAAAAAGAAACGGAAAAAGAGUGAUAUAGUUGAUAAAAAUAGAGAAUGUCCUAAUGCUAAGAAAUGUCGAGCAAGAUUUGGUAUGGAACAGCAAGCUAAUUGGUGUAAGCCAUGCAGGUAG